AUGACGUCAAUCGGUACAGGUUACGAUCUCUCGAACUCGGUCUUCUCGCCAGAUGGCCGUAACUUCCAGGUGGAAUAUGCCGUCAAAGCUGUUGAGAAUGGCGGAACAGCUGUUGGCAUCCGGUGCAAGGAUGGUGUAGUGCUCGCAGUCGAGAAAAUCAUCACUAGCAAGCUUCUAAAGCCCGGUGCGAAUAAGAGAAUCGCGACAGUGGAUCGUCAUGUUGGCAUUGUCUCUGCUGGCCUUGUUCCCGAUGGCCGUCAUUUCGUAUCCAGAGCUCGAGACGAAGCUUCCUCCUGGAGAGGUACAUACAAGGCCCCCAUUCCUACCUCAGCGCUUGCGAACCGUCUCGGUGGCUACGUACAAGCAUACACCCUGUACUCCAGUGUGCGACCGUUCGGUGUGACAUCUAUCGUUGGCGGAUGGGACAGUGAAGCAGAGCUGGCUGUUGAUGGUCAGGUCGGUACUGGCCCCAAGUCAGGCGCUGGUGGAAAGGUUGAAGGUACUCCAGCUGGAGGACCUGCUCUUUACAUGAUUGAGCCUAGUGGACUUUACUGGGGAUACUAUGGUGCGGCUACCGGCAAGGGCCGACAAGCAGCUAAGGCUGAGCUGGAAAAGUUAGAUCUGACUUCCGGUAACCUUUCGCUAUUGGAUGGUGUUAAGGAGGCUGCGCGUAUCAUCUACGUCGCUCAUCAAGAUAGUAAGGACAAAGAAUUCGAGCUCGAGAUGUCCUGGAUUAGUUCCCUCGAUGGCCCAACUAAGGGUCGACAUGAGGAGGUCCCCAAGGAGCUUCGGGAAGAGGCCGAGAAGUUCGCAAAGAAGGAACUAGAGGGCGAGGAUGAAGAUGAGGAAGAGAAGGGCCAAGGAGAGCAAAUGGAGGAAUAA